CAAUCCACGACAGGCACGCACCCAGUAAAAGUUUCGCUUGCUUAAUUUGUGUUUGGUCACGUCUUUUAAUUGCGAAUAUAUUGGGGUAUUACAUUUUCUUUGGAAAUUUUCUCAUUAUUUCUUCGUUUUCUCGUCUCAUCCAUGACAACGAGGCAGGAAAACUACCGGGCGACGACGAGAGAGCGAGAGACGAACAAUAAAAUUUGAAGAAAUCGACCAAACAUUGAGGAAGAAAAUAUUUGCCAGAAGGAAGAAGAACAAUUCAAUUUUGUCAGGUUUUCUCUCCCCCCUCCGAUAACAUUCACAGCUUAUCUUAUUUGUCUCUCAAAACACUACUUCAACUCUAAUAACAAGGUUUCCUCUCCGACGAGACGACUCAGUCAACAGUACUUUUGCAGUUUAUUACUAUUUGUCUCUAAAUAAAACUACUUCAAGAUGACGACCAUGUGGGGAAAAAUGUACGAUAUGCGGGCCCCUUACAACGUUCGUGGCGGCGAGAUUUCCUGCCUCCGUGUCGUGAAAGGGUUCAGUGUGGAGUCCUGGCAGAAAGACACCAUCACGGAUUGUCCCCCUCGAGCAGGGUCAACUCGGGUCAGGUGUCCGCAGCCAACCUUGUUUCGCCGGUGUUACGACCGUGGCGAAUUUCCCAUCAUGAUUGAUCACAACUCUUCAGGAAAAUCGAUCCGGUGGACCGUGCAGCCCGACAUGUUGGACUACCACCACUAUCUGCCCCUCUUUUUUGAAGGACUCCGCGAAAUCGAGCAUCCCUACGCCUUCUUCGCCCGACAAGGAAUCAACGACAUGUUCAUGUUGGGACAAGGAUGUGACAAAGUACUGCCCGUCGUGCCCCACUUGAUUCGACCGAUUCGGGAGGCGCUGAACACCCGGUGCCCCCAAAUUUUGAAGGUCACCCUCCACGCCCUGCAGAAACUGAUUGUCUGCGCGCCCAAAGUGGGGGAAGCCUUGGUCCCCUACUACCGCCAGUUGUUACCAGUCCUCAACAUUUUCAAGAACAAGAACGUCAACUUGGGCGACGAGAUCGAGUACGGACAAUACAAGCGAGAAAACAUUGGUGACCUUAUCCAAGAAACUUUGGAGCUGAUGGAAACUUACGGCGGGGAGGAUGCCUUCAUCAACAUCAAAUACAUGAUCCCCACCUACGAGUCGGUCAUCCUGAACUGAAGAAAUCAUUUACAUAAUCCAAUCCACUCCAGUGCCAAUCAAUUAAUAAUUCCUUGUGAAAUUAAAUCAAUCAAUUUUUAGUCUUAUUUAAUACUGGGAUUUGUAAAAUAUUGUACUUUUUCUAAACCACGAAUGAGGAACGAACGAAAUGAAAUUGUCAUGAAUGAAAAUGAAAA